AGCUGCUCUACCAGAAACCGAGUGGCUGUAAGUAACGUUCGUCGGCGAUGUGACGUGCACGCCAACCAGCCCGUGAGGUGUAACGUCGUGUCGUCCAUGGUGUUGUGUGAGCAGCGCCGCCGCGUCUGAAGAGGAGCACCAUGGCCAUGUGGAUCCAGGCCCAGCAGCUGCAGGGCGAGGCCCUGCACCAGAUGCAGGCGCUGUACGGCCAGCACUUCCCCAUCGAGGUGCGCCACUACCUGGCCCAGUGGAUCGAAUGCCAGCUCUGGGAUUUGGUGGAGUUGGACAACCCGGCAGAGGAAGCCAAAGCCAAGCGUCUGCUGGAGAACCUGGUGGCCGAACUCCAGAAGAAAGCCCAGCUCCAGGGAGGAGAGGAUGGCUUCCUGCUCAAGAUCAAGCUGGGUCACUAUGCCAACCAGCUCAAGAGCACUUAUGACCGCUGUCCUCUGGAGCUGGUGCGCUGCAUUAAACACAUCCUGCACUCAGAGCAACGGCUCAUUCAAGAAGCUACAAAUGCCAGCUGUGGGAGUGGGGUGCAGGCCAUGGACAGCUUGUCGCAGCGCCACCAGCAGAUCAACCAGACCUUUGAGGAGCUGCGUCUGGCCACGCAGGAGACGGAGAACGAGCUGAGGAAGCUGCAGCACAGCCAGGAGUACUUCAUUAUCCAGUACCAGGAGAACCUGCGCAUCCAGGCCCAGCUGAGCAGCCUGUCGUCACUCCCUCAAGCUGAGCGCACCCAGCGGGAGACAACCCUCCAGAGUAAGAGGACCACUGUGGAGGCCUGGCUCACCAGAGAGGCCAGCACAUUACAGAAAUACAGGCUUGACCUGUCGGAACAACACCAGAAGACCCUGGCCCUGCUAAGGAAGCAGCAGACUCUGAUCCUGGAUGAGGAACUCAUCCAGUGGAAGAGGAGGCAGCAGCAGGCUGGCAACGGGGGUCCUCAUGAGGGGGGACUGGAUGUCCUGCAGUCCUGGUGUGAGAAGCUGGCUGACCUCAUCUGGCAGAACCGGCAGCAGAUCCGACGCUGUGAACAUCUCACCCAGCAGCUGCCUCUGCCGGGCCCCAUGGAAGAGCUGCUGAGCAAACUGAACGCCGACAUCACCGACAUCAUCUCGGCCCUGGUCACGAGCACCUUCAUCAUUGAAAAGCAGCCGCCCCAGGUGUUGAAGACCCAGACCAAGUUUGCAGCCACGGUGCGCCUCCUGGUGGGCGGGAAGCUCAACGUCCACAUGAAUCCACCUCAGGUCAAGGCGGUCAUCGUGAGCGAGCAGCAGGCCAAAGCGCUGCUGAAGAAUGAGAGCACACACAGUGAGAGCAGUGGAGACAUCCUGAACAACAACUGUGUGAUGGAGUAUCAGCAGGCCACUGGCACCCUCAGUGCACACUUCAGAAACAUGUCACUGAAGAGGAUCAAGCGGUCGGACCGCCGCGGUGCCGAGUCGGUGACGGAGGAGAAGUUCACAGUUCUGUUUGAAUCUCAGUUCAGCGUCGGGGGCAACGAGCUGGUCUUCCACGUCAAAACCUUAUCGCUGCCCGUGGUCGUGAUCGUCCACGGCAGUCAGGACAACAACGCCACAGCCACCGUCCUGUGGGACAACGCCUUCUCUGAGCCUGGCCGGGUGCCGUUCUCCGUGCCAGACAAGGUGCUGUGGCCCCAGCUGUGUGACACCCUUGAUAUGAAGUACAAGGCGGAGAUGCACAGUGGGCGUGGCCUGUCGGAGGACAACAUGGUCUUCCUGGCACAGAAAGUGUUCACGAGCAGCAGCAACAACCCCGAGGACUCCCGCAACAUGACCAUCACGUGGGCCCAGUUCAACCGGGAGAGCUUACCGGGACGAAACUUUACCUUCUGGCAGUGGUUUGAUGGAGUCGUGGAGCUCAUGAAGAAACAUCUCAAGCCUCACUGGAAUGACGGGGCCAUCCUCGGCUUCGUGAACAAGCAGCAGGCUCAGGACAUGCUGAUGUCCAAACCCAACGGCACCUUCCUGCUGAGAUUCAGCGACUCCGAGAUCGGAGGCAUCACCAUCGCCUGGGUGGCAGAGAACCCCAACAAGACAGGUGAAAGGCUGGUCUGGAAUCUGUUGCCCUACACAACCAAGGACUUCUCCAUCCGGUCCCUGGCGGACCGCAUCAGUGACCUGAACCACCUUCUGUUCCUCUACCCCGACCGACCCAAAGACGAGGUCUUCGCCAAGUACUACACCCCUCUGCUCUCGAAAGCCGUGGAUGGAUAUGUGAAACCGCAGAUCAAACAAGUUGUGCCAGAAUUCACCACCCCGAACCCUGAGCCCAGUGGAGGGACCCCCACGUUCAUGGACCACGCGGCAUCGCCCUCCGUGAGCCUCCCCAACAACUUUGCCGUCUUCCCUUCUAUGAGUGACACCAUUUUGGACGCAGAUGGAGACUUUGACCUGGAGGACACGAUGGACGUGGCGCGCCAUGUGGAGGAGCUGCUCCGCCGGCCGAUGGCCAACCAGUGGAGCAGCCAGCAGUCCUGAACCUGCCCGACACCGUCAGGUCUCCUCCAUCUCGUACCAACAGACACGCCCACAAACUGCAACUUUUAAUGCUGAAAAAAAAAUGUAAUCUCUUCUCUAUUAACGGGAAUCAUUUUUAUUAGUAUCUAGUAAAUCCGGAAAAACUCCUUCAGAAUUCAAGUGAGACUAUGUAACUUUUGUGAGCCUCUGUGGUGUUUACAGGAGUUGAAUUUGACUUAAUUUCCCGAGAUGGUGUUGAGUCAGUGGCCUUAAAGACUCAUCGGGGAGACUUAGUGAGUGGACCGCGGUGGGGUUGCUUUGUCGGUAGCUUAGCUGUGGCUUAAGCCUGAAGGCAGGAUUAAACCUGCUGUCGUCUGAACCCAGCUGGCCUAUGGAGGCCCAACUUAAACCUGUUUGACCAGCAGCAGCUCUCUUUACAUUACCUUUAGCUACGCCGUAGACACAGCGACAGGGAGCACAUCGGGGUUAAGUGUCUUGCUCAAGGACACGUCGACUAGGGCGGGGAUAGAACCGCCAACCUCCUGCCAGGGCAACACGAUGCACAAUUCUGUUCACACCGUAGCGCUUUUAAACCAAUCAUAGAAACGCACCAACAAAAGAAGAGCGCUCAACAUGGAGGUUAACGGAGUACACGCGAGGAAUGCAUUCAACGCGUUCGUUGAGUCUGGAGAGAAACUUUGUUUACGUUUCUAAUAAAAAAUACACAAUUUCAAACCACCAGGAAGUGAUCCGUCACACUAGUGUGAGCGGCACGUUGUUGUCAGCCAACAGGAGCGCGUGUGUGUGUGUGUCUGUCUUUCAAAGCGGCAUAAGCACAAACCACAGUCAGAGCUUUACUCCCCGCAACCCGUAGGCGCAGGGAGGCGACCCUCUCGUUCUCCGGGGCAAACUCCAACACGGCAGCGCUCAGCCGGGGGCUUGUGAGUAUCCCCACUCCCGCCCGGCGCCUCUCACCCUGGGCAACUCCAGAAAAGAAGAGAGUCCAACCCUCCUCCAGGAGCUUGGUUCCAGAGCCAGCGCUGUGCGUGGAGGUGAGCCCAACUAGAUCUAGCUGGUACUGCUCCACCUCCCGCACCAACUCUGGCUCCUUCCCCGCGAGCGAGGUGACGUUCCACGUCCCUAGAGCUAGUCUAUGUCGCCGGCGAUCGGCUCGCCCAGGUCCCCUGCCCAGCCUGCCGCCCGGUCUACAUAGCACCCGACCCCGAUGAUUGCCCCUGCGGGUGGUGGGUCCACAGGGUGUGUGUAUAUAUAUAUAUAUAUAUAUAUAUAUGUAUAUAUAUAUAUAUAUAUACUGUAUAUGUGUAGAUAUAUAUGUUGUCAAAUGGAACCUUAAAGUUACUGCGAGGAACUUUUAAAACUGGUCAUGAAACCGUCUCCGUUGAGUCCUGAGACCAUCGGAGAGAAGAGGGAGUAUUUCUAUAAGGCUAGUCUGAGGAGGACUGCAGCAGCUCCUCCUCCUCCUCCUCCACGUAGAAACCCAACCCCUGCUGGAGACCCGGGCUGUAGCGCUGUGCCCGACUUUAGUCUCAGCCAGAAUCAACACAGAAGUUCCUCGUAGUCCGUGUGAAGUCCUUUGUGCCGAGUUCAGGGAUUCCUCUGGGAGAACACUCACUCCUCACACUCAGUACUCCCACCUUCAGUCAGACGUGGUGUUGAUCGAGUGUUCUUCACUGAAAGUGCCUGAGUAUAAUUCUGUAUGAAUCUCAUGACCAGGCUGAAUCCUGCUCUGCGUAUAAAGCUUAUUUUUUUCCUGCAUUCUUCAGUAACGAUGUUCAGUAUUUGUUUCGUAGCUGACGCCUUAGUCUGGAGGUCCGGAGGUUCUGCAGAUCAGUCUGUGCUUUGUGGGAUAUUUUGAAGCCAUCGCUAUUCACUCCCCUAGCAGCCUCAACCCUUCUAGAAAACCCCAAGUUAACGCCGUAAACCUCAAGAAAAACUCACUGUGAAGUUACUGGUCAAAAAUCAACCAAAUAAUACCUGACAAGUGGAGAGCAGACGUGAGAUCCAGCAUCACGUCGGCCUCCUGGCUCUUUGUUCUAUAGUGUUAAGAAAGAGAAGAACAAAAAAAAGUUUUAACACAAACGUGCUCAGCUAAAGCGAACAAGCGGGGUGGAGCUCCACCAUCGGUGAACUAGAUGUUGGUGCUCCACCAUCGGAGCUCCAUCAGUACUCUGAGCCUCUCUCUCUCCGCUGUGCGAGUGUCUUCUGUCCAUCUCUUGGUCUCUUUGCUCUCUUUGUAUUUUACUUCAUGUGCAACAUCUUUCCUGGAAGUUUGAUGUUGGGAUUUCAGACUUGAAAAUAAACCUUUUUUUUUAAUGAAUUGUAUCCCACCGUGGUUUAUUUGUUAUUGUUUUGUAUUAUUUUAUUACUGCGGAGUCCUAUUUUAAUGUUCAUUUCAGCCGGCCACCACUUUUCCACCUGUGUUCAUCUGCCGGGUUAUAUGAAUACUUUUAUUUAUUUUUUAAGAAUUACUUCACGGUAAAACUUGUUUUGACUUUCUGAUUUUUCCCUUACCCUGCAUUCACCUGAUUUCUGUUUACUUGGACUUUGAGUUGAAUGAAUGCAGAGCUGAGAGUUCACUCAACUCGUUAAGUAAAGUUUAUAAACUUGAUGAGAAUAUUCA